CUCAGCUGAAGGGCUCAACCGCGUCGGCUCUGUUUCCUCGAAGCUGACAAGCCCGCUUCGAUUGCUCAAAACUACAACGGAAUACUACAACAAGAUGAACGUGGCCGCGAGUCGAACGCGCAAAGGCUCCCACCGAGCGCCACAUCCUCGUAUAUGGGUCAUUGUCGCGAGUGCGCCGUCAGCAAGGUCGUGGGCCGCAGCUGACUUCCAAGCCAUAUCGACGCCUCUCGCACCACCGAGGGAUGAGAAGGGUCCCGGGCUUCAACACGCAUCCUAUCCAGGCCGGCCGACCAAGCAAACCGUCAGCCUUCCGCGGAAGCGACUUCGCAUCGUGUCGAGCACAACGCGUAACGUCCCUAACCGCACCGCCGAGGGAUGGAACCUCGGAUGUGGACUACACCACUUGGUAGCAGGUCGAAGAGCACUGCGCAACAGGGAGCCUGAGCGCCCCGUUGGCCCCUCCUCGACUUACCGGUGACGGCGGUCGCCCCGUUCCCGGGGGGUUGAGGCGACCUGGCUUCUGGUCGUUCUACAGCAGCACAUGUCCACUUCAGGCGGCGGCGGAUAAUGUGUGAGA